AUGCCGUUCGGAAGCCUUCUUAAAAAGAAAAAGACCAAAGAUUCGCCCUCUGGUCAAGGCGUCACAUCACCAACAUCUCCUACCAAGGAAACAUCGAGUACAUCUUCUCCGCUUUCUUCAAAACAAAGCGGCCCCCCUCAAUCCACCACCACAGCAGCUACCUCUGCAAGCAGUGCACUCACUAGCACGAAUGGCCCGGUAGAGACCAAGGCAGAGUCGACGCCUACCCCUGCGACUAUCGCAACUCCAACGGAAGCGACCGCGACGCCCACACCCAUCAUGGAGAAGGUCGUGCCUCGGCAGACCAAGGGCAAAUACACCUUGACAGACUUCAAUUUUGAGAGAACUCUGGGCACAGGUUCAUUUGGAAGAGUUCAUUUGGUCCAAUCUAAGCACAAUCAGCGAUAUUAUGCCGUCAAGGUCCUCAAGAAGCAACAGGUAGUGAAGAUGAAGCAGAUUGAGCACACAAAUGAUGAGCGUAGGAUGCUGCAGCGGGUAAAACAUCCAUUCUUGAUCACGCUGUGGGGCACAUUUCAAGAUGCGAAGAACCUUUACAUGGUGAUGGAUUUUAUCGAAGGUGGUGAGCUUUUUAGCUUACUGAGGAAAUCACAGCGUUUUCCCAAUCCGGUUGCAAAGUUCUAUGCUGCCGAGGUGACUCUUGCUUUGGAAUACCUCCAUGCACAGAAUAUCAUCUAUCGGGAUCUCAAACCUGAGAACUUGCUUCUUGAUCGACAUGGUCAUAUCAAAAUCACCGAUUUUGGUUUCGCCAAAGACGUCGUAGAUAUUACCUGGACUCUGUGUGGAACCCCUGAUUAUCUUGCACCAGAAGUCGUUUCGUCAAAAGGAUAUAAUAAAUCAGUUGAUUGGUGGUCUUUGGGGAUCCUCAUCUUUGAAAUGCUCUGUGGCUUCACUCCCUUCUGGGACGGCGGCUCACCAGUCAAGAUCUACGAAAACAUCCUUAAAAGCAAAGUCAAGUAUCCACCCUAUAUCCACCACGACGCACAAGACCUCCUCGUCCAGCUCAUCACACCAGACUUGACAAAGCGACUGGGCAACCUGCAUGGUGGCCCGGCAGACGUGAAGAAUCAUGCCUGGUUCGCUGAGGUGACAUGGGAAAGACUUUUGAAGAAGGAUAUUGAUGCCCCGUAUGUGCCGCCAGUUAAGGGUGGGCAAGGUGAUGCAUCACAAUUUGACAAGUAUCCGGAGGAGACGGAAGAAUAUGGAAAGAAAGGGGAUGAUCCGUGA